AUGUAUUUCUUCGUGGUAAAGAAGGUACUGAGGAUUUUGCCAAGUUGGUACAUUAGUAAGUUGCUAAUUCAGUUAGUUUUGCAGUGAGGUUCACCAUAUUCCUAUCAUCUUUCCUUAAUUAAUUUGACGAAAGAAAACUAAAUAUCACGUACCUCCUUUUUUGUCAUAGACUCUUUUAACAUCCAGCUAAGAUGCAAUAUGGGAAGUACAUGAAGAAGGAGCAUGAAACUUGUAAUCUCUCGUUUGCCAGGGCUGUCGAGUUCUGUGUUCUAGCUUUAAUUGUGCAAUCAAUAUGGUUUCUUGCUCUAUCGAUGUGCUUAUCGCUGACGGGAGUUCUUUUCUCCAACUUUUCAUUUCUUGACUUUCCUGAAUUAUCGAAUGUCGUCGGUGGGAGAUAUGCAGCUGGAACUACUCGCUCCUGCUGAACAAAUGCUUCCAUAGUGAUUAUUAUUUGUAAUUAAGUUACGUUCGAUCAACACAGUCAGAAAGUUUGUCUUGAAGAGCUAUUGAGUAGUCUAAUGUUGCGAUAUUCAUAGUUUCUAGUGGAGACUGAUCUGGGCGAUCUAAUCCCUUAUCAAGAUGGAGCAGUCUUUUGUUCGUUCCCAUUUAAUAGCAACAAAAACAUUUACCGUAAUUGCCGUGGAUGCGCUGUGGUUAUCAGUCCUUAGAUAUGACACACCAGUGGGGGAAAUCAAGAGCCCACGAACUGACUAUUUGGAAUUCUUAUCCCACGCAGGUCUGAGAAAUGAGAAAUAUACCAGCCCGGGUAAAAAGUAAAACCAAUUCAAUCAAAAAUUAAUUUUGUGACGGUAUAAAUAUAGUUAUUAAUGUGUCUUCGAAACUCAGUACAUAUAAAUAUAGGACCCAAAUACUCGGAGCUCCUUGCCUGUAUGAUUACACGAAAGGCCGAAAGGUGUUUGUCUGUGAUUUCUCUUAAAGCUAAACUAAUUUACAAAAUAAAAAGGUUCUUGAGAUAUUUUCUUUCUGCGUAGUCAUGAACGGUAUGACUUGAUAACGUGCGUCUCUGUUUAUUCGUAAAUGUUUUUACAAGGUCCUAGUAGGUAAAUAUUUUCUCAGUUUAUAUCGGUAUGAUUUUGACACCUUCGUUAAACAAAGCGGCAAGGCAAAGUCCAAUCACUAAAUCCCUUAACGUCAAGUUAUAUGCAUUGUCACACAUGGAUACAGUACUUUAAAAAUUUUCACAGCUGAUUCAUUUCAGGUUUCUAAAACGGGAUCUCGGCUUCCCGCCCUAAAUCGUCUUUCACGCAGAGCUAAAUAGUCGAGGCAAGAUUCUGAUAUUGAGUAAUAGCCCUGGUUUUAGUUGAAAAACGCUUCGUUCAAGGCUGGUCUAAAUAUUGACUUGCUAAUUUUCCCCACCUGAUUCAAGAACAGACUUUCGCCUCUUUUUUUUCGCUUUUUUCUGUCAUCCUCCUUAACUUCUGCUCGUCCAUUAUCAGACAGUUAGAUUAAACCCUAAAGCGAGGUCCUUGAAAUUCAGGUCUUUAGAGAGCAAAGUCCUGUUUGGAAGUGAAUUGAAUCAUUUGGGUGAAUUUACUCAUUUACAUUGCACACCCCCUCCCCCUCUUAAAGAGCGUUGAACUGAUUGUAAUGCCGAAUCGUACAGGAACUUGCCUUGAUAGAAAUUUAAGUACUGUCCUUAUUUCUCGCCUGGCGUCCUGAAAUCAACUUUGUCUUCCGCUUCGUUGAACAGAACUUCUUCGUGCGAAGUUUCACGUGUGUACCUUUAGCUUUGUUUGACCACUCUGAGCUAAUAUUUCGCAUUUUAUGACUCGUAUCUUAUUGUAUAAGUUUCCGUAUUAAAUAUAUAGGAUAUCCGGAGAUAAAGAAUUACUGAAUUGUGGGAAGAAUUUCCUGGUUAAGGGUCCGGGAGCCGAGUCAAGGACUUGACAAACGUACAAAUCAAGCUCAGAUUAAAAAAAAUUCAGGAAGACAGGAAAAAAAAUAUAGUGACGAUCUUUGUGAAGUUUAGGUGGAAAUUAAAUUGGAGGUUUCCGUUACGCAGUGGUAAAACUGAUAUUACAGAACCGGUCUCGUAUCAUACCUGAUGACAUGAAAUUGUCCCUACGUAGAUGGCGCAAUUUACAAGUUUAGACAAGUCUAAGAGAGUUAGGCCCGUUUCAAACGUCGUGCUGCUGCCAUGCCGAACCCAGUUCAUAAAUUAUAAAUACAUUAGAAUACAUUUAAAAGUUUGCUAAACCGUUUCUUUAUUUUUGUGUUUUGUUUUCGGCAACAGCCGAUCUAUUCGACUGAAUUAAAUUCGACGUCUGAAACCAAGUCGUGAUAGUGUCGUGCUGCAGUCGAGCUACAGUUGGACCAGCUUAGCACGGCAGUAGCACGACGUUUGAAACAGGCCUAAGAGAGUUAGGUCUACUAUAACAGAAACCAAAGGAAGGUCGAUUAAUAAUUUUAAAGUGUUGGAAUACUGGAAAACUUUGGCUAAAAUCCAAAGUUUGUUCGACGACAACAGAUAGAGUGGUCGGCUUGAACACGUGCAUGGCGAAACAGCAAAACCACAGAACUUUAAUGAUAUUCACUUUUCAUAUCCUUUAAACCGAAACCUAGCGAACUGAAAACUAAAAGGUUAGGAUAUUUAUAGUCGGAUUUGCCGCGUGCGCGUAGCCACUCGUCAACGUAAAAAUGACAGCAAGACACUUCUGUGAAUAAAGGAUGUGGAAAGGAUUUCCUAACUCUUGAGUAAAUGAUUUCCUUUAAAAAAAAAAGGUAUGUAGAACUAAACCCUAUUUAUUCUGCAUCAGUUUUCGCCGAAUGAUUGCGGCAUUAAUUUACGGCCGACAGCUUUUGGUGAAAAUGCUCUGUUCCGGCAUUUGGCUUGACCAGUCAGAAAUUACAACACAAUAUUUCUGCCAAGGCUAUCUUAUUCGCUGUUUUAGUAAAAAAAGAACAAAUCUCUGUCGUUUUAUUUCUGUUGUUAACGUUUUUUGAAAUGGCUGAUGAAUUCAUUAUUUAGAAGUGGAAGCAAUUUUAUCGCAUUGUUGGUUAUUUUCAAUGUUUUGUCUCGGCAAUUUGCGUGGGCUUGACUGACGUCAUGACCUUCGUACAAUACAAUGGUCGAUUAUGAAUCGCUCAGUCGUACGUGUACAUGAAUUAUUCACAAUCACUCUGUGAACACAAAACAGAGGUGCUGAAAAAUGGCGAGAAGAAUAUUUUUCUCAGUUGCUAACGGAGGAAGAAUAUCUAGUAUGCGAAAUUAAAAUUGUGAAAAGUUUUACUUUGUUUGGUUUGCUUGUCUCCGAAGGGCGUCGAUGCCACCACUUUCGUUUGCGGUGUCCUCGUGACGUAAUUCUCAGUUUUUCGUGGAGAUCGAAAAGGAAUAACAACAUAUAAAAUUAUAUUUCUAGAAAAGCAUUAUAUCAGCCAUCUUUGCUAGUGAUAAUUCGCAUCCUAACGAACAAACUGGUGGAUACAUUUCAAUUUUAUUUCCCCAGAAUAAAAAAUUUACUGGCAGACAAGAAUUUAGCACUGAUGACAGUACAAUGAAUGCCGUAAUAGUAGACUUCGCUGUUUAGUCAUGUGCUUCCUUGUUAUUGGUCAACUUAAGAUUUGCGCUUCCACUCCGACAGGUCGCUAGCCAAUCAGAAGGGUGAAUUCCCAGCAAGAUAUCACGUCAAAUAUAAAGAGCGACAGGCGACUCGCCGAUAGACGGCAGUUGGUUGUCCGCCGGUGUCGCCCCGUGAAAACAGAAACACGGCGCAAAUUUUAAACACAUGAUUACUUCCGCGAAAUUUCGCGACCGCUUCACUGUUAUUUUCGUGGACCUGGAUUUUGUGUGGCCUCCAGAAUGUGAACAUGUCUACAAAUGAAUCCGUUGAACAGCAAGUAACUUCGCUUCACACGGGCAACGGCCUGCCGCAUGCUAAUGAACUUAAAACACUUCAAGAAAGCCUCGGUCCUGGAUUUAAUCGUGCCGACUCUCACGAAGUAAACGUUAGCAACGAUAACUCCGUUAAGAUGCCUCCUUUAAACCCGAAUCAACUCAAUUCUACCGUCGCUGGGUCCUCUCACAACAUAAACUUUUCCCACUCAGAGUCUAGCUUAACCCUGAAAAAAGAACCGAGCGACGCUGGACCAAAAAAUAUCGGCGAACCACUUCGGUUUGAGGUUAAUAGCGCCGACCGUACGCCGGCCGAUGGUCUGGUUACGGAGGAACCUUUAGAAAUUCAAUGCGGAGAGAACGCUGCAUUGCUUUACGUUUCUAAGUUAUGCCAAGGAAGCAAAGGGCCUUGUAUUUUAUUUCAAGGAGAAUGGCUGACUCCUAACGAGCUCCAGUACAUCAGUGGAAGGGAAACUGCCAAAGACUGGAAAAGGAGUAUUCGGUACAAAGGGAAAUCUCUGAAAAGCUUGAUCGCCCGUGGACUAAUCAAGGUUCACCCACCAAUUUGUGAUUGUCUGGGAUGCCGAAUUUCAUCACCUGUGGUAAGAAAAUAUAUUUUUUAUCUCUACAACAAGCCACUGAUUAUGAUGUGCUUUAUUUUCAGUAGAACGUGUGUGACAAGUUGCAGAAGUUACUCAACAGAUGCAAAAGCAUUCUUUGGUCAUUCUCACAGCUGAUGGGUCAAUUUGCAUGCUUCGUCUGCGAUUUUUUUUUCUCUUUCAUUUACGCGGUUUGAAUUUGUUAUGAGGUAUUAUAAACGAAGCUGUAGACGGUUUUAUUUCAACUCCUACUCCAAUAUCAAUAAUUUCUGUCCAACGAGAUUCAUUAACGUAUAAAAACCGGGUAUUAUCCGUCUCUGGGUCGACUCAUUAUGAUAACAACGGCCGCAGUUUAGAAGAAAUGGCCCUAGAAAAUUCAAUGACAAUCUGCGAACAAUGACACUAAGAAGAUUAUAUUUCCACAAAUUCACAAAUAUCUGAAGAUAUUCUUCGCGCGCAGCUUAGCGGUAAGUAUUUUUUUUCCUUAUGUGUUUUAAAAGGCACUUGCUCGCGCGUUCGUCUUGUGCUUGCGUUUGCAAACAAUUAUAUCAAAGGGUUCGAAGGGCGGAUCUUGACAGGGCGCCAAAAUUGACAGUUUAACAAUAGCGCUCGAAAGAGUUUCACAGUGUUAUGUCAGCUAGAAUCAACGCAGCUCAAUUUUUUGCACAGAGACGGUGCCCUCUUGAAAAAAAAAAAAAUUUUAAUCUUUGAAAAUUCAAGGGAUUAAAAUGAUCUGGGAAAUAACUUGAGCGUUGAAAUCCUGACUUUGCGCUGAUUUCUUUGACGUGUUUGACAAAAGUUUCUUUUUCACUCUUCCAAAAUGAAAUACUGGAGAACCAGGAAUUUUUUUAUCAUUUGCUGUCAAAAAAAUCCUUUUCUUUGAUUUCAUUUCAUCGCCAUGCCUUGCACGCUUCAUGCUCAGCACGUUUAUAAAUAAUGAGCUUUUAAAUUAUCCUGAUUAUUCUCCCUUGGUACAUAAGGGAGGAUGCAACAGCCCCCGGCUUUUGACAGACGAACAGCUUGACAGCUUCUGACAAUGCAUUUUGGUUUGAACGAAUCAAAUCGUUUCCGGCUAAAUGUGGAAAUGCCAAAUCUAAAUACUGUAUGUCGUAAAGCAGCACAGCAUGCUGCAUGGCACUGACUGGGUAUACAAUAAUUUUUCUUAAUAGUGCGCAAAACGCAACAUUGAGCACGACAUUUUCUAUUAAACGCAUUGCCUACGAUAUUUACAAAAUCUAUGCCUGCCUCAAUGUUUCCAAAAGAAAAAAAGGGGGUUAUUGCUCGUUUAUUUUUCUGUUUAUCAAACGCAGAUAAACUGACCCUAAUUUCCGAUAUGUUCCGUAGCAUAUGGUUUUAAAAACGAAAGGAAAACCCUGGGAACCUAGAGUGCUAAGCUUAGGUCAAAUGUCAUGAUUAAACACGGCUUCACUUGAGUACCUUUUGUCUUUUUAAGACGUCGUACGAAUUUUAUCACGUACGCACCAAUAUUUGCAUUUUCUCCUCUCCAGAAGUGCUGGAUUCGAGUCUCGAAAGGAUGUGUGGAAUUUUUAUUUGCGCGGAGCCCCUUUAGUAUCGUUUUAAGGAAUUUGUAGGAUUAUCCCGUUCCUUAUUUACCUCAACAGUAAGUGUACAUGUCUUUUAAAACGGUGAAACGGAAAACGGAAAAUAAAUGAGCCCUCGCGGUUCUUUCCACGGAAGUUUGUCCACAUCAUCUUUUUAACCCAGUACGUCAUGUAAUACUGGUUGUGCGGCUUAAUCAAUUGUUUGCGUUCCAUAUCCAUAAACACAGAGCGAGUCCUUUACCAUGUUUAUUGAAGUGAGUAUCUAAGUUUAAGCAUUUAGUUUUCGUUAAGCGUAAAGGCUGGAGAACACGGGUUUCUAAAAUGUGAUCAAGAGGACACUAAUUUUUUCCCCCACCAGGGAUUUUCACCGAUCGGCAUUGGAACAGGCGGGAAUCUUGUAGCACACAGGUUACAAUGAUAACAGCACUUAUCUAGCUUUCCCUUGUAUCCUGCAAACAGAACCGCGGACGACUUGCCAGCAAAUGCAGUGUGUCCUCGCCGCCUUCACCAAACAGAAAGAGAAAAGAGUCGGCUAAACAUCCGUGGCGACAAGAUGGUUUUGAAACAGGGCUGGCUUUUACUGGUGCAAGACAAAACUCGUGUAGUGAUCUUGACAACCGUAUAAAUUCGUCUGCAGCGAGAGCUAGUGUUGAUCAAAGAGCUUCUCCUAUUGAUUCAAACUCUUCCACUACCUCGGAGUGCUCCGAGCCUGCAGACGACUGCCCUUUCGAUCCACCCUCGUCUGAGCCGAAACGAUCCCGGAGCGCUUCGCCUGAAAACUCCGCAAAACUGGUCACCAUGAAACGAAAAACAGGUUAGUGAAUGCCACAACUCAAUACUCCUACAGAUUUUGCUCUCGAAAAAAACCGUAUACGGUGUCGUUUUAUUGAUUCCUUGUUUAGUUCUUUUGGGUAAGAAAAUAAUAUUCUGUCCCAGCUGAUGCGAGCAGUGGCAGCAAAAAAUAAAAUCGCUACAUGUGCACUGACAUAUGGAAGAAAUUCCUUGCUUUUGUUGAUGACGAAGAAGUGAUAACUUCGCAGCUGUUGGAAUGAGGGGAACAAUAUUUCAAACUGGAAAAAUUGAAUGUCAUGGCUUUUGGCCAGGUCGUUUUGGGAAUUUUGGCAAAUUUAUAUAUUUAUAAAUAAUUAUAAGGCUUGUAGGAGACAUUAAAUUAAUAGAGCCAUAAAUGAAUCGAAUUUAAAAAAUGAUAUCUAUACACAUAUAGUCUCGUCUCGUACGUCGCUGAACUUCGUUUUGUCUGUCAAAAAACUGGAAGGUUAAAAAUAUAUAAUUAUAUUUUUGCAGCGGUGACAAAGUUUCGAAACAUAAUAUCAAUUUUCAAAAAAAGGCUUCUAUAUUCACUACAAAUAUCUGCCUUAAAGUUUUUAAGAUGACAAUUUGUGAUCGUCUGAAAGGCAUUUGUGAAAAAAGUAGAUAUAAUUGGCGCGAGUUCUCUUAAAAAUUAAAAUUCACGUUCAAAUCAGCUAUGCAAGAAAUCAUGGGUUGUUUCUUUUCAAAUUUUGUAUCUUGUGAUCGAAACGCCAAUCACCUUCGGCCAAAGAUCACUUAUAUUCUAGCAAAAGGUCAAUUCAUUAAAACAUCAUUUAAUCGAGUCAAAAUCCUUAUUUGAUUUUCAAAUUCUAAAGCUGCCGAACGCCUACACACAGAGAAGCUAGUGAUAUUUUUAGUUUUCCAGAUAGUGAUUGCGGGAUUCACUCUGGAGGUCUUUCUCCAAGUCUUCAUGACUUUUCAGUUGAUUUUUGUACGUACCUUCAUGGUGGUAAAGGAAAUCUGAUAUGCUCAUUGAAUUACUUUUCGAGCAAACAAUAUUUCCUUGGCGAGCUUUACUUUCCUCCCCUUGCCUCCACUUUUAAUCCUUUCGCCAUUUCGCCCUUCACGAGCCUCUUUCGUCUUCUUCCUAGUUUUAAAAUUGUAGCCUGAAAAGAUGCGAUUUUGCAAACCAGGGUAUCUUUCCCAGAAAGUUUCAAAGUUUGAUUUAUCUAGUUUCCAUAAUAAGAACGUUUGCCCUGAAGAAUGAAUGGCCUUUGGACAGAAUUUUAUAUUGUUCUCUAAAGCUGAAGCAUAGUAAUUUCAUUCAUUCACUCUGAAAUCUUUUGCACGAAAGUUGUACAAUGGAUGUAAGAUUUUGAUCACUAACUACGCAGAAGAAAUACAUCGUCGUAACGUUUUUCUAACAUCAUGAAAGUACACUCUGCUGUUUUGACAUGAACAGACAGAACACUGUUGUGAUCAAACAAAAAGAAUUAUAACUGCUCUGCCUGUUAUGUUUUCAAGACUUCUGAUAGCUUUGGUCAAUAACUGAUACAAGUUCUAGGAAUUAAGUCAGUUCGGGUGACUUCAGGAAAUCUUGUUCUUUUCGAAGUGUCGUCAAGCCCAAUUUACCGCUCUUUGCUUGAACGCGAGCACCAAGUUUUGACAUGUUCAGAAUUCUGAGAUAUGUUAGUUUAUUUUUAAGUUGAUUUAUGGCUACAACUAAAAACGUUGAGGACCGCAAAUAGAGAUUCCUUGUAGUUGGUUUAUUGGACGCUCCGUAGUGCAAUGGCUGCGAGCGCGAAACACUUCCAGUGACUACGUGAGAAAAUUCGUGACGUCACAGCACGCUAAAAAAGAAAAAAGUCUAGAUAGUUCUUUCUACUGACUGUCUUUAAAAGGUUUUCACUUGGGGUCUGAUACUGACUCGUUUUAAUUUCAAUUUCUUUUUCGUGCGACUUUAAGAUUAAACUCGUCGCUGCAUGCUUCUAAGUUAAGACCAUUUUCCGGAUAUUCUUUGAGUACGGAAAUCGUUUUGAAUACCACUGCGAGCAAGACGGAGGUUGCAUGCAAAACGUAAAACUCCGUUUUUGUCAUUUUUUCCCUAACCCAUUCAACUGUAAAGAAAUGACAACUUUAUUUACCUCGUUAAGACGCUGAUGCAUAUGGGUAAAAAUCUCGUUGUUUCGUGAUAAGUUUUAUCCUAAUCGGGCUACGUUGAGUCGUCACACAUCGACCCCUCUUCUUCAAUAUGCGCUCAUUCUCCGCAGGAAAUCAGUUAGUGAGCUCGAGUCUGUAUUUGCCAGCGUGACCAUGUCUAGUAUUUUGGACGCUCAUAACGUUCGCCUCCUUGGUUUUAUUAAUCGUCUGCGGGAUAAAUAUAAUUAAGAGGUUUUUGAAAGAAAAGUUUAAAACGAAAAGAUGUGAACAUGGCGCUAAUAUGUCGACAGAGGUUCUGUCUUCUGCAAGCUGAGCAUUGCAAGAAGGCCACAGGAAAUAUUAAAACAAGUGAACUAGUAUUAUUUUAACUUAAUAAUAGAUUGUACAAGUGGCUGCAGAUGAUCGCCUCUCUGUCGUUAAGUUUUCCUUAGAAGUAGCAGUUCCGCAAAUGUAUAUGCACUCCUUAGGUGGUAUUCAUGCACAGACUAAAGAGCAAUACUUUACGUUUGAUUUUUUUAUGUUGUACAAAGUGAUUCUUUUCUUUAGUAGAUCUUUGAAUCUUUUACUUUACUGCUGUUUUUUUAUUCCACCGGUAAGUACAUAGGAUGUAUAUGUGUGGCUUUAGCUUUCAAAUACAGAUUAUUGAAUGGGAAUUUUUUUAUGGAGCUGCGUUCAUUAUAUUAUGCUGCAUAGUAGUGCUCUAAAUUUAAAAAGCGGAUGACUAAAUCUCCAAAAUUUGAUCAAUCAGACGAAAGCUACUCAACUGGGCAGUACCUUCCUGUGGUGCUGUUUUAUAAUGGAGUGUGCUCGUGCUAUACAAGGUGGUGUAGGUGAAGGUGGUUCUUUUGAUGAGUGAGUGUGUAGAUGACUUUUUGGUGUGGCAAUUCAAGUGAAUGAAAGCUCUUGAUCAAUUCUCGGUCCCUGAGCGGUCAUUAUUUAUGGUUCAAAAGUUAGUCACUGGUCUAAAUUUCUAAUCCGUGGAUGAAUUCAGUUCUAUUAACGAUCGCUAAGGUUCAAGCUUCCGCUACUCUGAUACUGGGCAGAACUUUCCUGUGGUGCGGUUUAUUUUGCACAGUUCCGAGUGUUUCUAAAGGUUUUUAUCGGUGCACUCGAUCUUGUGGGUAUUCAGAGCAGAGCUUCAUUCUGCUAAUGUUUCUGAUGCUCUGUAUCAGUGGAAUGUUAAUUAAAUCUGCAGUUUUCGCUUCAGGGAAGAGACGUUUCGUUGAAAGCCAGAGGUCUCUCUCAACCUUUCUCCAUUGCAUGAAUUUUUUGUGUGCAGAUGAUAUAGUAUGAAUAUAACUGAUCCCUACUUUCAUGUGGUGCUGUUAAGGCUACAAUCGCUGUAUGGUGUGCCUGACUCUGGUGUAAAAGAGGAAAACUUAAUGGUGUUACUGAUAUUAAAAGUUGCGCACACAUCGUUCUCUUUCCAAUGUGUCACGCUGUUAGUACGAUAUGUUUUGUACAGUGAUUUCAAGUUUUAUGAAAUUGUCGAUUUAUCUCGAGGACCGCAAUUUCCCCGCACAUGAUGAAUGGUUGCUCCGAGAUAAACGGAUAGCUUAGAGAAACAGGUACUUCAGAAAAUCUCUCAUUCUAAAUAUCAGAAAAAAAAAUUAAUCGUGGUCGAGUUUGAUCACGUCUUGGACACGAGUCACGUCCCAAGGGAAGCUUGAAAGGUGGAUAUUGCGAACUCAGACGAAGUUCUAAACUCUCGGAAGUUCUUCAGAAAAUUCAGUACUUUUAUAACGGCUUGGAAAUUAGUUCUUCGAAUGUUGAGAACGAUGGUCGCGGGGACGUUCUUUAGUUGAUGAAACAACUUGCUAAUUGAAAGUCUUAAAACCUUUGUGAAAUCAUGCAUCGCAAAACACUGAAGCAAAAUGAUUGCAUGUGAAACUGUAAUUGCAAAGUUAAGGUUGAAUGAAUGAGCGUCAAAUAUUCUAUGGAUUCGGUGCAAAGGUAAUCAGAACUUUAUAACUUGUCACCUAAGCUCUGGGAUUGACAGAGUUCACCGUACCAUUUAAUACAUUAAAUAUUUGAUACUGGACCUCUGCAGAGCACGUGCAAUCAUCUUAUAACUUGAUUUUCUCGUUUAUCAGCCGAUAGAUUUCAGUUUGACCCAAGAAGCACGUUUUUCUUCAGAGAUCUUCCAUCGGAAUACACGUCUGUAUCGGCGGCAGCGGAGGUGUCCAAGAUGUCGCGUAAAGAUUCAGCAUCCCUUGAUCUGACUAAUCAUCAUCGCGGCCCCCACGAAACAGGAGGAUCCUCUGGUGGACCUCCAGGGAGCAGGAGCGCUUUCAGAGCGGUGCAUCAGGGUGAGUCAUUCCUUGCACCCACCUCAGAAGGGUCUUAUAUGUCUUGGAGCACUAUUGAUAGACCUCUUUAGCUUGCAUGUUUUGUUUUCCUUAUGUAGGUCACGUGCUAAUACUCUAGAGAACUGUUUCAUUCAAAUUUUGUUUUAUUUACGUGCAUAUGUACGCAUAAUUUGUGAAAAGAUAAAGGGGCACUUUCACUGAGAAAACAUAGCACACAAGCUAAGGAGGUGUAUUCCCAGCAAUAAAUAUUGAAGUACAAUUAAUUUUAAAAGGGAAGAGGUGGAGGUUGGUAGCGGUAGUUCCACAGGCAUCAGCUUAAAUAUUGAGUUUCGUUAACUCUACCAAACACAAAGCACUUUACCAGGAACUAUGACCAGGAUAAAAAUUGAAGUUAAGUAGCGUGGUUUUGUGUUUUUACUUUGUGAAUAAAAUCCCGAUAAUUGUCCCAGUCAAAAGAAAACUAAAGCGAAGCACUUGUUAAUGGACUUUCCUGCCUUAGGUAGUACAGACCUUAAAUGCGUUUCACGUCCAUGUAAAGUAACUGUUUGUCUUUUUUUGAAUUUCCCUAGAUGCACUAAAUUCACACAGUGAAAUGGCCGGUGAAAACGUUUACAACGCCGAAGCCCUUCAGCGAGAGCUUGCCUCAAGAGAAACAAAGAACUCCAAACAACAACAACAAAAGCCACCAUCAGUCAACUGUCAGCCAACCUCCUUCAACCCAUUCACUCAACUUCCCAGCCCCUCCCCUCUUAUCAGCUCCUCUCAUCCCUCCCCGAGACUUUUACCAGAUCCCCUGUUAUUAGCUUCUCCGCAUGGUUCAAGCAUCUACCAUCAAUUGAGGGGUAGCUUAUCUGGAGUUCCGCCAGCUGCUUUGCAUCAGAGUCUAAUGCACUACAGACUUCUCUCUCCUCCAAACCCGCACAGUCCACUGGCGCAGAACAUUCCACUACAAUCGUCCUUUGCGGCCGCAGCAGCCGCAGCUCGGGCUGGUCUCCAGGGCCUUCCGGUCACACAUGCUUCGUUGACAAUGCAUCGUUCAUCCAGGUCUUCUUCGCCUAAGAACAAUACAAUAAUCAACGGUCAAGUGGAAGAGAAUAAAAACUUAACAAGUUCUCGAACCACGCACGCGGAGGAAGAGAAACACGAGGACAAGGAUGGCUAUCAUACGAAAGAAACCGAAACCCACAACUGCAACCAUACUACGCAUCCUUCGGUUUCCGACGGCGACUUCGUGGCGGGAAGAAGUCCCGAUGUUUCCACGGGUUCCAACGAAAGGCAUAGCCCAUUCGCUACACCUAAGGCUUCUCCAAAUGGGAAAGAGCUUUCUUCGCGAGUUUCACCUCACAAAGUAGUACCUCGCUUUCGGCCGAACUUGAGCGAAAAUGUCCUGGAAUGGAGUGUUGAUGACGUCUGUCAUUUCAUAUCCUCUCUUACUGGUUCCCAGGAUAUUGCGCAUGCGUUUAGAGAAGAACACAUAGACGGACAUGCACUUGUCUUAGUGCAAGAGGAUCAUUUAUUGAACAGGAUGUCGAUAAGGCUUGGUCCUGCACUGAAAAUCGUGGCGCAAAUAAAGAAACUCGUUGAAAACUUAGAAAUCCAAGAAAACGGCUCGAACUAAAGUUUAUCAUUUUUGCUCACAGACGUGAUAUAUCUGAACACCGUUUUCCUGUAACUUAAUCUUUUCUUCCCAUCGCGCGCACGAGCCUUAAUUUAUUAAAAAAACUCAAAGGACUCAAAGCCUUCGUGGUAUGAAGAGUCGCAAAACCUUUACGACAAUUCAAAAGGUUUGUCUGCUGCCCAGACAAGCCGCCGGACCGACCCGAGACCCCGCAAAGCGGAGAUGUCGGGGAAUGUUGGACCGCAAACUUCGUAUUUCCGCCUCUAUCAUCACUAACUCUACGUACGUGAGAUCAAGACUCAAUUGACAUAGUUUCCUUAUCUUCGAACUCGAACAUUCCUUUGGAUUCCGUUACACGACGAAGGUUUUCCUAAACCAAUUAUCACCAAUUACAAAAGAUUCUCGCUUCCCGGGUAGCAGUCAUUUAAAUCGAUCAUGUCGCAGUUGUUGGCAUGAAAGUGCAAAUGAUGUAGUAUUUAAGCUCACCUAAAAAUGUCCUGAAUCAUCCUCACAAUGUGUGCUUCACGUGUUUCAAAGCGUAAUCCGGUCUGUCAAUAUACAUAGCUCUAGGCGUUAUGCCAAUUGAGGCUCGUUAGUAUUACCUACAAUAGGUCAAGAGCACGCGGUUAAAUCUCUAGCGGAAUUUCCGCUCGCAUUCCAAUUAAAACUUUGAGCAUCACGUAGGAGUGAACAGUUUUUUUUUGUGUUGAAAUACGCAUGUCCAACUGAUGUCCAACUGAUUUUGAUACCUAGGGUUUUCAGCUGAAUUAGUUUUUUGAACAAGUGUGGAAAGGCAGAAGAAGGAAGAGGUGAUUAUUUUAAAAAUUUGCCCUUUUGAAGGCGCAAAACUAUAUGGGAUGAUAAAAUCUUUAUUCUCCCUUUUUUAGAUACUAGUAGACUGUUACAGUUUGCUUGGACUUCGUAGAAGAAUCGUCUGUGAAAUACUUUAUUAUAUGAUAACAAAAAAGAGAUUUAUAAAUUUGCCGUUUUAGAUGUACUCUAGGAUUAUUUCAGAGAUAGAAGGGCGCGCGGAAUUUUGCCUCUGGCGACAAGACGCAUGCGCGCAACGCGGGAACAUUCCACGCGCUCUACUAUCUGAAAAAGGUGGGUCAGUUUAAGUUCUCAGUGAACGGUGGGUAACAAAGGUAAAAUGGUGCAAUAUUUAAAGCCAAAUACGCUCUUACAACGACUGGUUUAAAUUUUGUUUUGCAUUAAUAAAAAAACACAAAAAAACGAAUUAAAUUAAAAAAACAACAACAACAACAAAACAUUUUUUUUAAAAAAGUAAGGUAUGGCAACGAAGACCUUGCCAUUAUUUGGAACGUGCUUCGCUCAGAAACCUUUUGAGCUGACGAAAUUCAAAGAAUUCAGUGAGUUGUAUCUUUGAAUUCACUUCAAAUGUGAGUCUCAAAUUUGAUAAUUUGGGAAAGGCUAUUUAGCUUUAUUUUUGAGUAGCAACUUUGAAUUCAGGCUGUCUUGCCCUGGUUACCCAUAAAGCAGUCAAAAGUGUGAACUGACUUAAACGUAGUCUGACGCCAAAUAGAUCAGAAUCGAAGCGUUAAAAACGCUUUUCUAUUUUCCAUAGAUAUUUAGAGACACGAGUCUAUAAUAGAGUUAUGCGCCUGGCGUGCCAUUGAAAUUGUGUGAGAAUUAUUUAUAAUUUUACUUUAACUUGUUCCGUUUAAUUUUGAAAUUGUUGUAAUAAUGGGAAAUGUCCCGUAAAGGCUUUGAAGUUUCAAAGGAUAGGACAUUGAUACAAUCCCAUGUUAGGUUAGGGUUUGUUGUUUUAAAUAAGCCUUUGCUUUAUGGUCGGUGCAGGUUGCCGUAAAAGAGAAACAUUUGUUGUACAGAAAAAAGUGUGACGAUUAAUAAACAAAAAAUAGACUGUUUGACAUGGUAUUUUUGUAAUAACAGUAAACAUGAGCGUUACGUAAUUAUUUACUUUUGAAUUUAAUUUUAAUUGGAAGGGAUCUCACUGACAAAUUUUGUGAUUAGCGGGAGGUUCUAGCUACGACUGGUUUUAGUAAUUUAAUGACACACCCCUAAUAUUGAAGAGCUGCUUAGCUUCGAAAGGACGUAGCCCACGUUUUACAUCAAAACAAGAUCAUUCAGCUCGAAUAGCUACUCGUAUGUUCAGCAGCGCCCUCCAAUUCUCUUACUCGGUCGCUCGCUUUCAAAAAAUAAGCCGGGUAGUACAUAAUCCUUGCGAUAUAAACAUGCCCGUGGGAACCAACUGAUAAUCUGAUUGGCUGGAGUCCACUCGACUUCAGAGUGAUGUGAUGGCCAUUGCGAAGAAAAAAUACCCUUCGAGUAGACGAAAACAGGCUUUCGCUGAGGAAUAACUGUAUACUAUACAAAAAAUUUAUUUAAGGUUACCUUAAAAUAAGGGGGAAAACACUAGGAAUUCUAUAAUUGUAGGGGAUACCCCAGUCUUAAAAAGCCCGUAAGUCCUGGUUUAGACUUGCCUACAAGUCGAGCUCAGAAUUUUCACGAGCGCGAAGCGCGAGCGGUUGGGCCAAAUACCGGAACAGGAGAUGAGAAGCAAAGGACUUUGGGAAAGUCUAGUCCUGUUUCCAUGCUUUUAAAUUUGACUUAUUGUUGACUUAACAGCACAUUAAUUAACGCAAAUGGUAAGGACAGUUUUCAAGUUUAAGCAGAAAAGGCAGCAUCAACUGGCAGCGUGUCUACGGUCUGUUCCAA